GGCACCCUCAAAACAAUGUGAGUGAAAACGUCAUAUUAUUACUCAAACUGGAGAAGUUAACGGUAUCAACGGAGAGUUGCAUUAUGUGGAAAAUAUCCGUCAUCCACUUCUGUUUGUUUCUGGUUGUUGACCCAAGUAAUGCACAUACACAUCAUGAGGAUAUUAUUGACUUGUCAUACGUAUUUGAUGAAAGUACAAUUUACUGGCCAGCAGAAAAGAGGCUGAAUUUGGUCAUUCGAGAAAAUGGAACAACAAAAGACGGAUAUUGGUAUCAGAUUGAUGAGUUUUCUGCUGCAACUCAUGGAGGAACACAUCUAGACGCCCCUUGUCACUUCGCUCUUGGUAGUUGGUGCGUUUCGGAUAUACCUAUCAACCACCUGGUGGCGCCAGCUGUUGUAGUGGACGUUGCUGAUAAAACAAGAGGAAAUCCAGACUAUCUUAUUCAGUCUACUGAUGUCUAUAAGUGGGAGGAAAAGCAUGGGGAGAUUCCUGACGGUUCUAUCGUCUUGUUUCGUACAGGAUGGGGAAAGUUUUGGCCAGACGUUGUCAAAUACAUGGGUACGGACACAAAUGAUGAGAGCAAGUUGCAUUUUCCUGGAAUCCAUCCAGACUUGGCACAGUUUCUAGUAGACAACAGGAACAUUUAUGGUGUGGGAAUCGAUACAGCGUCCCAAGACUAUGGUCAGUCGAAGAUUUAUAAGUCUCAUCAAAUCUUGGAAGCUAAAAAUAUAUAUGGCUUGGAAAAUGUAGCCAAUCUGGAAAAACUUCCCCCUACAGGAGCUAUGUUGUACGUCAUGCCCAUGAAACUUCGUAACGCUAGUGGUGCCCCCUGCAGGAUUGUAGCAACAGCGAGGAGUCAAGAUUCUGAUAACAAUAACAAUGCUUCUACUACAUACUUGUCUAUAAUUCUUAUUUACGUGUGUUGCGUAUUCGUACAAAUAUGCGUCACAUCAUUCUUUUAAGUUUGUUUAUAAAACAUCUUCAAAUGUUAAAGUACAAUAUAUGGUUACGUGUAAUCAUGAAUAUCAAACCAGAAAUGAUAUGA